AUGCUGCUUGUCCUUCUGCUCGCUUUUGUCCUUCUGCCCUGUGCUGGGGCUGGUGAGAUCAUUGGCGGACGGGAAGUUAGGCCCCACUCCCGACCCUACAUGGCUUAUUUAGAAAUUCAAGCCGGCACAAAAUGUAGUUCCUGUGGAGGGUUCCUGAUUCGCCCAGAUGCAGUGCUCUCAGCAGCUCACUGUCUGCAUAAAAAAGGGGCACUGAGUGUCACUGUGAUUCUGGGAGCCCACAACAUCUCUGCCCAAGAACAGAGCCAGCAGAGGAUCCGUGUUAGACAAUGGGUCAUCCAUCCCAAAUAUUCCCAUGUUGGUUUCAAAAAUGACAUUGUGCUGCUGAAGCUGAAGAAGAAGGCCAAGAUCAAUAAGAAUGUGCAAUAUAUCUCCUUUGCCAGCAGAAACCAACAUGUGGGAGUAGGAGCUGAAUGUUUGGUGUCUGGCUGGGGCUUGACUGACACAGGGAGCAAGAGUGAUGUGAUGAUGGAGGUGAAACUGAAGGUGCAAAAGGAGGAAAUAUGUCAGCAUAUUUUCGAUAACUACCAGCGUCAGUCUAUGAUCUGUGUUGGUGAUGAAUACAGUAAAAAAUCAGCUUCCUAUGGUGAUUCUGGUGGCCCAUUAGUCUGCAAUAACAUGGCUCAUGGCAUUGUUUCUCACGGAUGUAAACGCCGCCUCUUCCCUAAUGUAUUCACCAGAAUCUCGUACUUGGAGCCCUGGAUACAUAAGCAGCUGAGGAGCUUUGCACUCCAAGAGCUGCCUGGAUCUCCAUCCUCUGACUAA